AUGGACGCGCAGCGCGCCUCGCACGGCGUGGGGCACGUCCUGUGCUGCAUGUGCGGCGUCGGCAUCCCCCCGAACCCGGCGGGGAUGUGCGUCGACUGCAUUCGCUCCCAGGUCGACAUCACGGAAGGCAUCCAGAAGCAGUGCACGGUGCUCUACUGCAAACAGUGCCAGCGGUACCUCCAGCCGCCGAAGCACUGGAUCCGCGCGGACCUCGAGUCGAAGGAGCUCCUGACGUUUUGCAUCAAGCGCGUCAAGGGUCUACAGCGCGUCAAACUCGUGGACGCGGGGUUCAUAUGGACGGAGCCGCACUCGAAGCGUCUGAAGACGAAACUCACGAUACAGAAAGAAGUCCUCAACGGCGCCAUCCUGCAGCAGACGUUCGUCGUGGAGUUCGUCGUGGAGUGGCACAUGUGCGACGCGUGCUCUCGAGCGGCGGCCAACGCGGAUCAGGCGCGUCCUCGCUGGACCGCGUGCGUGCAAGUGCGUCAGAAGGUGGAGCACAAGCGCACGUUCUUAUACCUCGAGCAAUUGAUCCUGAAGCACGGUAUGGAGGAGAACACGAUCGGGAUCAAGUCGCAGCCGGACGGGCUCGACUUUUACUACGGCUCGCGGUCGCACGGAUUGCGCAUGGUGGAUUUCUUACAACAGGUGGUGCCCGUGCGCGCGCGGCACGAUAAGCAGCUCGUGUCGCACGACGCGAACAACAACUCGUACAACUACCAGUACACGUUCAUGAUGGAGAUCGUGCCGCUGUGUAAGGAGGACAUCGUGUGUUUGCCGCACAAGGUGUCGCUGAGUUACGGAGGCAUCGGACCCAUCAUGUUGUGCACGCGCGUCGGGAACGCGAUGCAAUUCACGGAUGUCUCAAACUUACGGCAGAUCUGGAUCGACGCCGCGGCGUAUUACCGCCAGCCGUACCGCGCGAUCGGCUCCGCGAAGAUGUUCGUCGAGUACGUGGUGUUGGACGUCGAGAUCCAGCGGGACGUGAGCGUCGGGAGGUACUGCCUCGCGGACGUGCAAGUCGCUCGCGUGAGCGAUUUCGGCAAAAACGAUCUCAUCCUCCACGCCAAGACGCACCUCGGACAUCACCUUCAGCCCGGCGACACCGCGCUCGGGUACGACCUCGCGUCGUUACAGAUCGUGGACCCGGAGCUGGAUAAGUAUCGUCGCGGGGUGCAGCUACCGGACGUGUUGCUCGUGAAGAAGAGCUACCAGGAGAAGCGCCGGCGAAGGCGGGCGAAGGGCGCGGGCGCGAGAAACUGGCGGCUGCGGCGGAUGGACAUCGCGGAGGACGACGGCGGCGGCGCGAACGGGGGGAAUAAGGCGCUGACGCGCGACGCGGAGCGAGCCGCGAUGGACGAAGAACAGUUCAUGCAGGAGCUCGAGGAGGACGAUGAGUUGCGGAGGAACGUGCAGCUGUUCAGGGAUCCGAACGCGGCGGCGGCGGCGGCGGCGGCGGCGGCGGCGGCGGCGGGGGCGACGGAGACGGACGACGACGACGACGACGACGUUCCGACGGUCCCGAUCGAGUGCCUCCUGGACGAGCUCUCGCUCGCGAUGAACCGCGGCGAUGGGGGGGAGGGAGACGGCGGCGGGGAGGAGGAAGACGACGGGGCGUACGACGACGACGACGAGGACAUGGCGGACUGA